GUCUCGCACACGCUCCGCCACGCUUCCUUGAUCGCUGUCCGUCCCAUCCGCUCGGCGCCGGCCGAGGCCGACGAGGAGGCCACGAUCCGGAAAGGAAUGCGUCACCAAGGCGUCGAGCAGCUCCAUCAGCCCCAUUGUAGGGCGGGCGGUGCAGGCGGCGGUGCCCGAGCAGCCCGAGCACCAGCGGCCCGGGAGUGCAGCGAGGGCAGCGAGCCAGCUGUGCUGAGCUAGCGGGGCGCGCAACGGCUGCGACAAGCCCUGAUGGCGCACAUGGCGCCGCGGCUCACCCUGGCGUGGCUCGCGCUGCUGGGGACGCUGUGCCUGGCCCACGCCGCCAGCACGGGCGGGCCUGCCAGUGCCUCGUCGACGGCCGGACCUCUGGCUGACGGCGGUCUUGUUUUCUCCGCUGCCCCGGCCCGGGCCAGCGGGAAUGACACGUCCCACUUGCUGAUGCGGGGCGCCAUCCCGGACGGCGUCGACGCCAAACGGCCCAAGAUCGUCGGCGGCGAAAAGGCCGAACUGGGCCAGUUCCCGCACCAGGUGUCCAUCCGGCAGCAGCAGAGGACGCACUUCUGCGGCGGCUCCAUCGUCAGCAAGACGCACGUGCUCACAGCGGCCCACUGCUUUGACGACAAGCCCAACAUGUUCAACCAGCUCAUGGUCACGGCCGGCUCGCUCACCUGGAUGCCCAACACGUUGACGGCGGGCGGCUACACCCGCGACGUCAAGGACGGCCUGGUCCACGAGAAGUGGGUGCCGGGGGCCAACAAGAAGUGGUACGACAUCGCGGUGCUCGAGGUGGCGGAGCCGUUCGAGGAAUGGAGCAACCAAGCCAACGCCAUCCUCAUCAACACCAAGGAGCCCCUGGACGUGGGCAUGGACUGUCACGUCAGCGGCUGGGGCAGGACGGUCGACUCGGACUCGGCCAAGCCGGCUGAGGAGUUGCUGUGGACCACGGUGCAGAUCAAGGACCUCGAGGCGUGCAGCAGCAAGUACGGAGAUGCGAUGGGACCGGGAAGCAUCUGCGCGGGCUACGACCCGGGCGGCAAGGACUCGUGCCAGGGCGACUCCGGCGGCCCGCUGACGUGCGACGGCCGCCUAGCCGGCGUCGUGUCCUUUGGGCACGGCUGUGCCGUGGCCGGCUUCCCCGGGGUGUACACGGCCACGUCCGGCCACUUGGACUGGAUCCGCGAGCACACCGGCGCCCAGAGCGGCCAGGCCCGCCUCACGCCGCUCGCCGCCCCCAUGGUCGCCCACACCCUCCUCAUGCUGGUCCUCGUGGGAGCGCUGUCCUAAAAAAAGAGGACUUUCGCACGUCUUCAGGCAACCAUUAAAUUUUCCCCCUUCUCCGGCGUGA